CAAAAGAAGCCCAAGUGAGCUCGAGUCAAGAUUCAGUUGAGGUUGGUUGAAGCUCAGCCUCAUAACUCACACUGGAGCCCCAAACACAGUGUCAACUUGGGGGAGAGAACGAUUUUUCUGAGUAUUUUUCGUCACUUUCCUCUCGAUCUCGCCUCGAUCAAUCGGAGCUGGAGCCCUGAUGUGGAGGUGAAACGCUCAUUUUUUAGUGGUCUUCUAGCUGCAAGAUGUGGAAUUGUGCAUCCAGUUAUAUAGCUGGAAGUAUUGGGUUAAAGAAUGAUGUUCUGAAGCCAAGAAAAUAUUCAAUAGAUUGCUCAGACGAUGAAGGGUCUUCCGUCACGAGCAGAGACGAGGGCUUGGAAUGCCCAAUAUGCUGGGAAUCAUUUAACCUGGUCGAAAACAUACCUUAUGUUUUGUGGUGUGGGCAUACAUUAUGCAAACACUGUAUCCUAGGACUUCAAUGGGCUGUUGUCAAAUUUCCUACUUUACCUCUUCAGCUCCCACUUCUCAUAUCCUGCCCAUGGUGCAAUGUUUUAUCACUCCGUUUGGUUUAUAGGGGGAACCUGAAAUUUCCUCGUAAAAACUUCUUCCUUCUCUGGAUGCUUGAGAGCAUGAACGGCGACAGAGUGAAGUCUCAUUCUGCCAUCUGUGGGGAUCAUCAGGCAGGUUGUCAAUCAAGCAUGAAAGCAGCAGGAAACCAUACAGGGAAUAACCUAUAUUUUCCUCAUUCUGAAGCAUCAGGAUCAAGUGAUAAUGGUAAUCAAUUUAUUAACAGUUAUGUUGCCACCAUUGAGAGAAUGCAUCUCUCUCUUAGAAAGUCCCUCAUUUUCUUUGUCCAUUUGACAGCCAAGUUCCCACUCGUCAUAAUUCUACUCCUCAUAAUUUUGUAUGCAAUUCCUGCCAGUGCAGCCAUCUUGGCCCUGUACAUACUCAUCACAUUCGUCUUUGCGCUUCCGUCUUUCCUCAUUCUAUACUUUGCCUACCCGAGUUUGGAUUGGCUCAUGAGGGAGAUCAUCACAUGAUCUCAUUUUCCCGGGUGAAAGUUACCUUGUCUGAUAGCUCCUUCCAUGCAAGAAUCUUUAUUUGUAUUUUUCUGGUAAGUUGGGAUAUGCUAGUGAUCUAUCUAUUCGUGUUGUGCCGAGUACAGCUCAGUUCUGCCAAGAAAUGUCGUCUUCCUAUGUAUAAAACAAGGUAGCGUGGCAUGUUAAAUCUCAAGUAGGAUAGUUUUGAUUUUUUGGGUGGCAGAGGAUGGUGUAGAAUCCUCCUAGUAGUUGUAGUAGUUGUCUUGUCCCUCAACAUUUGCCAAAGACAGGAAAUUCUGUGCUAAAUGAAAUUGUCCUAACAAUGUGGAUCAUAGAGUAAUUAUACAGAGUUGCAUUUUUAGCAGGAGAA